UCAAGUUAGACAACUACAACACGAGGGCACAGCUGCGCGUGGGACCACAGCACACACUCGCGCGCUCUUCUGCAUCAUCAUUAAUAGCGCAUGCAUCGCUCCAUCUUAUCUCAAAUUCUCAAUGGGCUGCGGUGGGAGUCGAGCAGACGCUAUUGAACCGCGAUAUCAUGAGAGCUGGACCAGAGAAACCGAGUCGACGUGGCUUACCAACACUGAUGCUGAAAUCCCCAACGGCGUGACUUAUAAGAACCGCGUCGUUCGUGGAGAAUGUAGCCAGCUUAUUAAAGGCAAUGCAAAACUAUCAGGUAGAGGUACAGAGGCCAGGUCUUGUGGAGACAGAGGCAGACGGAUGGUUAAUACAGGAACUCAAUGUGGGAGGCAGGUUUUGACUUCCAGCACCUGCACAAACCAUCAAAGGACAUCCUGUGGCCAUGAGAUAAGUGACUCAAACCCGACAACACGUAAGGAGGGGACGUCUCAUUCUGAGGGGGUUUCAUCUGAUGCUGCGUCUCACCCAGGGGAGCCAAUGAGGGAAAAAUCAUCUUCGCCUGAUGCGGAGGAUACGCUCUGAAACCCAGAGGAGUUCAGCCCAUGAGGAUUACAGGCUGUAUAAGAAAUCAUAAGCUGUCGAGAGAAAUCGAGCUUCACAAGAGAUGACAUCUCAUUAACGCUCGCUCAUAGAAAUAUUACACUUUACUGAAGUUUUGUUGCUAAAAUGGGUUAACAAGGUGCAUCUGAUCAUUAGCAUGCCAAAUAUAGAUUUUAGUCUGCUGGCACCCUGAUGUCCUCAUAGGAGUUACUGAGCAAAGCAGCAUAUGUUCAUAUUAUUGCAUAUAUGAAUUAUUGCUCACAAUGCACUGUGCAAUUUUAAUGCUAAUGACACUGAUUUUAAAGAACAGGCUACUAAAUGCUUUAUUGUCAUGCUUAAAUAAUUGUUAAA